AACCAAUACAUCAUUUAUUCCAACUUUAACUUUCGAAAGAUGCAAUGAUUGUUUACUCUCGACCUUCCUUCAGAAUUUCGUCAAAUUUUCUCUCGUUUCACUCAAUUAUUUUGUGGAAUUUAGACGCCGGAAAUGGGAAAGAGCAAAAGAGAGUACAGAGAGGACGAGCCAUACGGAGACAGCAGCCACACGAGUGACAGUUCGGGCAGCAGCAGCAACAGCAACAACAGCUCGGGCAGUGGCAGUGAGGACAGCUACAGCAGCGAGCGGGAGAGGAAACGAAAGCGCGUGAAAAAGAGCUCGAAGCAGAGAAAAGCCCGGCAGGAGAGCCCCGGAGAGUACGAGCCCAGGCACGACGACCACAAGCACAGGAGUCGGAAGCACAAGCACCACCACCGCAAGCACAAGCACAAACACAGGCACCACCGCCACCACCGCGGAGGGGAGGAGGAGCACUACCAUGCCCGGAGAGGGACGUCCAGAGACAGGAGCGAGGUCAGAAGAAGCAGAGAGGACGAGAGGAGGGGCAGGGAGAAGGGGGAGGAGGACAAGGCCGAGAAGGAGAGAAGAGUGAAAAGAGAGGAGAGGAAGACUAGAGAGAGAUAUGAAAAUAGGCAAGUGAAGAGCAGGUGGGACGAUGACGACGAGCCGCAGUACGACCCCAACAAAAGAAUCAAAGCAGAGCCGGACCGAGAGGAAGGGAGCAGCAGCAGAGAACACGACAGCAGGAGAGCUGCAGAAGACCAAGGCGGCAGAAGGGAUCGCCGGGAAGGGCCGAGGGAGAUCCAGUCGGAGAAUGGGAGAUCUAGAGGCAACGUUGAGGAAGCGAGAGCAGUGGUGAAGGAGAACGUGGAAGACAGUGUCAAGGAGGAGGAGCUGCAGAAGCCAAAUAUGGGACUCUCAGGAAAACUGACCGAGGACACAAAUACCUACAAUGGGGUUGUGAUCAAGUACUCGCAACCUCCUGAGGCGAGAAAACCCAAGAGAAGAUGGAGAUGGUACAUAUUCAAAGGCGACGAAGACCUGCCGUUCUUGCCGCUCCACCGACAGAGUGCCUACCUCAUCGGCAGAGAUCGCAAAGUGGCAGACAUCCCAACAGACCACCCGUCCUGCUCCAAACAACAUGCCGUCCUCCAGUACCGACUCGUGACCUACAACCGAGAAGAUGGGACGAAAGGUCGCACGGUAAAGCCAUACAUCCUAGACCUUGAAUCUGCCAACGGGACAUACGUCAACAACCGCCGCAUCGAGCCCCGCCGGUACGUGGAAUUGCUCGAGAAGGACGUGGUGAAGUUCGGCUACAGCUCAAGGGAAUACAUCCUUCUGCACGAGGGCUCAAAGGGCGAAGACCAGAACGCGCCUGAUACGGGUAUCGACCUCAGCCCUGUGUCCCUUCUCAGGAGUUAGUAGAGGGGGAGGGGGAGUGUCUGCCGAAGUUAAGAAACAGAAACAAAAACAAUAAAAGAACAAAAUACAAAAAAUAUAUAUAUAUAUACAAGAAUCUAUUUUUACCUUUUGAAAACAUCCCCUCUCAUCCCUCACAUGUAAUUUUUUUUUUUGCCUUUAUUUAUUCUUAUUUUUUCCAUCUUUUCAUUUUCUCUUCAUACGCAACAAGCGAGUUUUUCAUAUAUAUAUAGGAAUCUUCAGUGCCAUGAUGUGAAUGGUGAGGACGAUGAUUAGUGUUGAAAACAUUAGUUUAGGAGAGACAAAAUAUUCAGAAAUCUCAGUCAAUAAACAAUAAUAAAAAAGACUGUAAAUGUUUGGAUUAUUUUCUUUGACUUUUUUCUUUCCAUUGAGAAGGUGAAAUCUACAGGAAGUGACAAGUUCCUGCUUCCAGAUGUGACAUUUUUUUUGUUGUGGCCUGCAGUACAAAACAAACACUUAAAGCACUUAUGAGAUCCAUAUGUAAGAUUUUAAGACAAAUGGUAUUUCAUUUGAUCAUGACAAAAGUGUCAGGGGAUAUGGAUUAUGAAAAGUGUCAGAUAUUUUAAAUGUGUCUAUUGUAUAUUCUGCUUCAGUUUCUCUCUGUCCCAU